AUGAACGGCGGCCGUUUUGACUUCGACGACGGCGGAGCGUAUUGCGGAGGAUGGGAAGAGGGAAAGGCUCACGGUCACGGUAUCUGCACGGGUCCACAGGGGAAAGGAGAAUACGCCGGAGCGUGGCACUACGGCUUUGAGGUGUCCGGUGUCUACACUUGGCCCUCGGGAAAUACAUAUCAAGGACAAUGGCAAAAUGGGAAACGAUGUGGAUUGGGGGUCGAAGCGAGAGGGAGAUGGGUCUAUCGUGGAGAAUGGAGCCAAGGAUUGAAGGGACGCUACGGAGUGAGGCAGUGUCAUGGCAAAAACGAAUCAAGUCUCAAUCAAGCUAAAUAUCAAGGCACUUGGAGUAGCGGAUUUCAUGAUGGAUAUGGCACAGAGAUUUACGCCGAUCAAGGUCUCUAUCAGGGUCAAUGGUUGCGAGGGAUGCGCCAUGGGUACGGGGUACGAAAAAGUGCUCAAUAUGGACACGCGGCGAAAUUUCGGAACAAAUCCCAGACAAACGCCUCAUUGACGAGUUUACGGAGUGGCCGUGGGGAUGAGCAAGACACGAAAGAACGAGUGGAUGGAAGAGGCGGUUUCGCCCUCAAGGCAAACAGUGCGGCGCCGGCGAGAAGAAGGCGAUCACUGUCCGAGCGUUCCCUGGCCGUGAAACGAACGAUUCUCUCCGGUCUUCGGAUACAAAAACAACACAGUACCGGGGAUAUCCAUCAAAGGGUCACUUCAAUGACAGGCUCUCUUCGAUCGAGUGGAAGCACGAUGAGUUGUACCUCGGAAGACUCGCUCCAUCGAGGACGGGGCGAUUUCACGGCAGCUGAGGAAGAGAAUAUUGAUGAGAGCGCUGUUGAGACGUACUGCGGAGAGUGGAAAAACGAUGCCCGGUCGGGAUUCGGCGUUUGUGAGAGAUCCGACGGUUUGAAAUAUCACGGUGAAUGGUCGAAUAACGCGAAAAAUGGAUACGGAGUGACGACGUUUCGCGAUGGAACAAAAGAGGAGGGCAAAUACAAGAACAACGUAUUGGUAGUGUCAACGAGACGGAAAGGAGUCCUUUUUGUGAGAGCAUCGAAGAUAAGGGAAAGGGUGGAGGCGAGUGUCGAAGCGGCGAAUAGAGCAGCCAGUAUUGCACAACAAAAGGCCGACAUUGCUGCCUCGCGUACAAGCACCGCCAAGGAACGAGCUGAACAAGCGAGUCUCAUGGCGCUACAGGCUGCCGAGGACUCAAACGUAGCUCGGAUACACGCGAAACAGUUCGAUCCAUCAUUCAAACAACCGGGCACCGAUAUUAUGCGACGGCAAUUGAUGGAGUCCACUCAUGCGGCUGAAUCAUUCGAUGCUGUUGAACCACAUCCGAGAAUGCACUCGAUGACACAAUCUAAUCAACCAUCAUUCGAGCAUCAACCAUCCUUCGAAAUGGAUGCCACAAUGCCCUAUGCAAACCAUGUUGGCUACGCGGGUCAUUCGCAAACAAAUGCCAACCCUGGACAUGAUAUGCAUGUGAAUUUCGCUGAUGCGCCAACAAUCGAGCUGAUCCCACCGCAAACCCCCGCAAUUUCCGCUCAACAACAGCAACAACAGUUUUUCCCGCAACAACAUCAAAUCCCCGGCCCACAACAGAUCGGUUAUCAACCGUAUUCACAGCAACAAAUGAAUCAACAACAAAUGAAUCAACAACAAAUGAAUCAACAACAAGCAUAUCAACAUCAUCUAAUGCAACAACAAGCCAUCCUGCAAGGACAACAUGCGAUGCACCCGAGCACGAGUAUGAUGAGUGGAGGAGGGCAAAUGGGACAAAUGGGACAAAUGGGACAAAUGGGACAAAUGGGACAACAACAACAAUACCAACAGCCACAACAGCAACAACAACAGAUUUAUGCCCAACAGCAUCUUCAACAACAGCAGCCCCAUCCCCAAUCUCAUGCACAAUUGGCCGGACAAUCCACAUCCACCCAACAGCCAUCAAUCGACGAACAAGCGCUGGGAGAGCAGCGAGAAAGUGAGAUGUCUGAGCCUCCCCAACCCGCGCCAAAACAGACCGCUUUGGGGAGUCUCUUCGCCUCGUCGCAACAAAGCAGCUCGAGAACUGGAUCGAGGUUUUCCUUAUCCGAUGACCAUUAUGAUCAAUAUGUGAUGGCCGGAAAUCCUCAACAGGCAAAAAUUCGAAGAAAUCGACCCUCGUUGACCCGACAAACUGAUCAUAUAAAUGAGAAUAAUGCGCUAUUGAAUCGUCGCUCAACCCUCGCCUCAAAUCGUGACCGUGCCGCUCUUCCAAUCAUCGAAGCAACAAAGAAUACAUCAGUUGAUGAGAAUAUGGGAAGUUUACCGAAUCUCGCCGAAUUGGAACAAACCGGGAUUCGGUUAAGACGAGAAGACGCCGCCCGUCUGGCGCAUCAACGAAGGCAAGAAGUGUUACGAGAAGGAGAGGACAGGGAAUUGUUGAGGGCUAAUCCAUUACGAUACCUGUAUCAUCCAGCUUUUCGGGCCUGGCUAAUCCGAUGGAAAGUGCCGCUCCUGCUGGCUGCCGCAAAUCUCUCCCUUCUGGCUCUAUUCUAUCAAGUGCUCACCUAUGAGAAACGGAAAACGCGU